AUGGAAAACACGGUUCAACAGGGAUUCAUUUGUCCAUUUUGUCUAUUGGACUGCGGAAACGUCACAAGUUUGAUUCAACAUGUUGACGAGGACCAUCAGGAAGAAGAGGAUAGCCGAGAUUUCACCGAUAGCGUUCGCCAGAAUUUUAAAGGGCUUGUUGACAAAGCAAAACGUGGAAUAAAAAAAUUGGAUGCGAAAAUGAGCCUGACCGACAUUGCUAAUCUCGUUAAUUUAAAAUUUGUGGCUAGUGAGAAAAUAGCUGAACAUGCACCGAAAAUAAUCCCAAAACAGCCGAUACCACUUCCGCCAGAUGUUAUUCCAUUAGGAAUCCGGAGAUCAUAUACCGAUGAAUUCCGAAAGUAUCGUGAAGAAUCUAUUAACGAAAUUGCGAAUCGAACUAAUAUGCUGAUUAUACGAUUGGAUCGUUUAAUACAUCACUCUCCGAAAGACCCCAAUAAACGGCGGGAAUUUGAGCGUGAAAUUGUUCCAUGGUUAGACGACUACGAUGUUGUAUGUUGUCCAUUAUGAAAACUAACUAAUCCGGCUCUCGCACAUGAAAUGCUUGAAGCUGCUGCUGCAACAGCAAAUUCGCUUAGCAGUUUUAGCGAGAACGAGCCAAUUUCAACAAGUGGAAAACGAAAGCUAUUCGCUUUGACCCAGAAUUCGAUGGAUCGAAUGAAAAGUUUGAUUGGUGGCGCUGUGAGCAAAGUGCAAACAGUUGCUGUUAAUGCAGCUGGCGACGAAGGAAGUGUCAGCUCGUUGCUUCUUCAGGAUGAAAAGGAGUGUUUGCGCGUCUGCGGUUCUUGUCUCAAUGAUCUCAAACGUCGAGAAUCGAUGAUGGAACAAGGAAAAGCGCCGGCUAUUGUCGAGCAAUACAAGCGACUCCGUGCCCUCAUGGAAGAAAUCCAGAAUCUUGUACCUACAUAUGUCAGAAUUGCCAAUAGUGUAUAUAAUGGCGAAACGAUGUAUUCGCUGAAAUCGGCAGAAGACAUGCGGCAAAAAUGUCUGGAAAAGCAAAGAGAUGUCGAUUUACUGAGCAAGAAAAUAGCAGAAGAAUAUGAUGAGGAAAGAAUUGGUCUCAGAGAGCAGCAAAUGAGAAAAAACAUUCGAUCGACAACACUGCACGUUUUACAGAAUCUUGUCGGACAAACUACAUCCCUUCCCAGUGCAGAGGAAUACAAUGUUCUCGUAGAACAUCAUAAGAAAGAUGUUGCUCGACAAGUUGCUCGUGAGCGUGAACGAGCUCUUCUUACUGAUCGAUCAUUAAAGGUGUCGACCUCAAUGCCACAAAUGACAACGAAUAACGACGAACAAAGAGCAGAUGAUGGAUGGGUGCCAAAACAGAUCUCAGGAAUUAAUCCAUUUUUGGAUGAGGAUGAUCCUCAUCCAUUGUAUGUUCAAAGAGACGCCGUCAAAGGAUAUUUGUUUGAAGCUGCAAAUGCUGGAAAACUUGAUGAAGUUGAAAUGUUGGAAAGAAGUUUGCGCGAAAUUGAGGAUGAAUUGGUGGCUUUGGGCCUCGAAACACCACGCUAA